AUGUCUCUCCACGUGACAACCACCAUCAAGCACUCAACCCUUAACGCAACCCUGCAUGGCGUCCUUCGCCGUGGCGGCGCCGACGUCUUGCAGUUUCGCGGCAUCAAGUACGGCCAUGUGCCCGCACGGUUCACAGCGCCCAUCGCGGUGGAUGACUGGGCGGGCGCGAACGUAGAUUGCAAGGAGUACGGACCGCGGUGUCCGCAGCAGGCUUUCGACGUUGGGUAUUUGCUGCGGCUGCCCGAAGACGUGGAACUGCCGCGUGAGAGGGAGGAUGAGUUCGAGUGCUUGAAUUUGGAUAUUUCGAUGCCGGCGUCGGAGGCGCGGGUGGGGGAAAGGAAGAGGGAGGGACUGCUGCCGGUUAUGGUGUGGAUUCACGGUGGUUCUCAAGUAAUGACGUUUGGCUCUGCGGCAUCUGGAAUCUGUGAUACGUGUAAGAUUGUCGAAACCUCUGUGAAGGAGUCGAAGCCCGUAAUUGUGGUAGCCAUGCAAUACCGCUUAAACAUUUUUGCCUUUGGAGACGGCAAAGGUCCGAGAAACCUCGCCUUGAAGGACCAAAGGCUUGCAAUCGACUGGGUCAAGAAACACAUCGCUGGGUUUGGCGGAGACCCCGAAAAUAUCACGGUUGCCGGAGAGAGCGCAGGCGCAGUGUAUGCGCAUGCGCAAGUGGUGGGGAAUGCGCCGGUCAAGAGAGCAAUUCUCAUGUCCGGCACUCUUGAAAUGUCACCGCCGCGACCUCUCUCGAACGAAGCGACGAUCGUUGCUCCAAUCGAGGCGAAACUAGCCAGGAUCGGGUCGUCGCUCAGGACCGCAACUGCCGAGCAGAUAAUUGAGGCGCUCACAGAAGCAAACAUGGUCAGCAUGUGGCUUCAGCAGAGCCCGGACGAGCCUGAGUUGAGUGAGUGGACGCGCACAGGAAAUGCCAGCAGCCUGUUGAUCGGAGAUGUUGAGUAUGAGUCGAUUCUUUGGCGAAACGGCAUCGAGGCAUUGACACCUCAAAUGAUUGUGGACGCGUUCAACUUGGCAGGCGAGCACAGCGGAGAGCUGCGGCGGGCAUACAACAUAACCGGGUCGCGGGCGACGCCGAGCAAGACAGGGGCGCUCGACUUCAUCAACGACACGCGCUUCUCAUGGCCGAUCAGGAAGCUCAGCAGGGCGUGGCGGGCGGGCGGCUUGCCUGUAUACGGUUACGCGGUUGACCAGGCCAACCCAUGGCAGGCCAGCAGCAGGGCGCACCACGCCGUCGAUCUCGUGCUGCUGUUUGGCGGGCUGGAUCUGUCAUUCAAUCCGGCGGCAGCGGCUGUCGGAGACGAGAUGAGGCGGAGGUGGAUCGCGUUUGUCAACGGGGAAGCCCCCUGGUCGGCAGACACGACCUUCGCAUUUGGGCCGCACGGCAUCAGCAGAGAGGUGGACGCGGGCGGGCUCGCAGCUCGAAGGAGGACGGCGCAGAUGGAGACGCUGGAGCGCGUGGAGCCGGCGCAGCUUGGGGCCGUGUUCGCCGCGCUUGCCGCUGGGCGGGUGAGUCUCCUCAACUGA